AUGAACGAGUCGGGCGAGUCCGCCUUUGAGGGCCUCUCGCUGGAUUCCGUCGACCUCGACUUGGGUCUGGGCAUGGGCAUGGACAUGGGCGUGGUUAUGGGCAUGAAUGACGACGGCGGACAUGGCGAUCUGCCGACGGGAGAGGGAGGGUCACUGCUGUCGGACCUGGACCUCCCCACCAUGGGCAUGGGCAUUGAGCCGGCAGCAUCGCCGGCGCCGCCCACGGGCCUUACCCACCUCGACCUGAGCAUGCUCGGCUCGCACGACUCGCCGCCGCGCUCGCUGCAUCCGGCACUGGUGGCGGCAACGCCUGCAGGCUCCAUUCCGUCGACGCCGCUACGGAUGGCGCCGUCGGGUCCGACGACCCCGCGCUCGGCACGCGGCGGCCAUCCGCACAUGGUGGGCACGCCGCGGACGCCGUCGUUUCCGCCGACCACCUUUGACGGUGGCCUGCUUCCGGGCUCGGGCCUGCACGUGGCCGAGGCUGCCGCCGAGCGGCUGAACCUCGAGCUUAAUCAUGCGUCGAUGGCGCGGUACUCGGUCAACGGGCUGGAGGGCAUGGUUCCGCCAUCGCCGUUUGCGUCACCGUCGAUGCGACGCGCGUCGACCACCGAUCCGCGCCAGUCACUCGCCUAUGUUGCCGGCACCUCGGGUCUCUCGUCGAUGGCCCAGUCGGACUCGAAUGGUCUGGGCGCCUCGCCGUCGCACCACCUCUCGCGCGUUGCCGAGUACCCGGAUACUGUCAGAGCCGGGCUGGCGGCGUCGAGCUCGCUCCCCGACGAGCUCUCGUCCGGUGCCACCUCGAGCAUCCUCGACAUGAUGCUCUCGGAUGCCAUCGAGAGCGAGCCUGUGCCCGAGGCCCCGCCGCAGCUCAAGUACGUCCGCAGACGAACCGGCAAGUCGUCCAUCCCGCGCCUCGCCGGCUCGAGCGGCGGCAAGCUCAAGCUCGCCUCGUCGUCCAAGGCUGGUUCCAAGCGCAAGCGCUCUACAUCACACUCCGCCGCUGCCGCUGCCCUCUCCACCACUCCCCUCUUCCCGAUCCCAGAGCCGCCGCGCAAGAAGCCGAUGCCGGCAAAGUCGGCCGCCGCCCCGCAGAUGACCCGCGCCGCUGCCCUCGCCUCGCAUUCAGAGACCUUUGUCCCACCGAAGGCCUCCCACUCACGGGUCUAUGAAGUCGAAGUACUCGGCACCAAGCUCGUCAACGGCGUCUGCUUCCACCUCGUCCACUACGUCGGAUUUCCCUCCACAUACGAUACCUGGCAGGCCUCGUCAUCGCUUCAGGUCCUCGAGAUGCAGCUCGCCUCGGCCGCCUCCUAACGGCAGCAUUGAACCCACAAUGCGUCG